AUGUCUUCACAAAAAGAUUUUAACGGUGAUUCUCAAGUGAGCGGCGGCCCUUCUCAACCGGCACCAAGGAAAGACCUGCAUACCAAGGUGGAGGGUCGGGGCAGGAGGACCCGAAUACCCACUCUUUGUGCUGCUCGGAUCUUCCAACUGACCAAAGAGUUGGGUUUGGCCACAGAUGGUGAAACAAUCCAGUGGCUUCUUCAACAAGCGGAGCCCGCCAUUAUUAGGGCUACAGGCACUGGAACAGUGCCUGCUAAUGCUACUGUAACUGCUGAUGGGACCCUCGGAGGCCCGGACACAAACGAGGGAGCUGCUGAGGAUGUUUCGAAGACCUCGGGACUUGCGCCUGGGGGCCCCAGCCCCGUGUCCAACCAAAACCAGACCAGCGUUAGCUGCGAAGCCAGGGUGAGCUCUGCUGCAGAGGAAGAGUAUGAUGAGGUGGUAUUGAUGGGCAAGAAGAUCAGGUUUCCUAAAGGGGGCAUUUGA